GUCUAUUACUACUCGCAUGAUCCGUCUUCUGCCGCACGAGGAUAAGAAUGGCCGGAUAGAAUGCGAACUGUUCAACUACAGUUUAUCAGAGAUGGGCGAUGGAAAGCAUCUUUAUGAGGCGCUUUCCUAUGUAUGGGGGGGUAGUAUUAAAUCUCGAUCAAUCACACUAAACGGCUGUAAUUUUUCUGUUACAGAGAACCUCCAUACUGCGCUGUUGUACCUCCGAAACCGCCAACUUGAAAGAACACUAUGGGUUGAUGCGAUAAGUAUUGACCAGGAUAAGCAAGAUGAGAAAGCCAGGCAGAUUCCACUUAUGCGGACAAUUUUGUUACAGACCUAGCCACAUCAGUUUCACGUGACUAUGCGGGGAGACUGAAAUGGGUUCCGUCGGAGGUUCAGGGGAAACCGGAGGAGUCGAUCAUCCGACUGCACGAGGCCUAU